AUGGAUCUCCUCGACAUCCUCUACAUUCUGACAGCCGUCGCCCUCGCCGCCGCUUGGUGGCGCCACUGCUCCACCCCCUCCUCCUCCGACCUCCCUCCUGGCCCACGCGGCUGGCCCGUCGUCGGAAACCUCUUCCAAAUCAUCCUCCAAAACCGCCCUUUUAUCUACAUUGUCCGCGACCUCCGCCGCGUCUACGGACCUAUCUUCACCCUCCGCAUGGGCCAACGCACCCUCAUCAUCAUCUCCUCCUCCGACCUCAUCCACUCCGCCCUCAUCCGCCACGGCCCCCUCUUCUCCUCCCGUCCCCCAGACUCCCCCACCCGCCUCCUCUUCUCCUCCGGCAAAUGCACGAUCAACUCAGCCCCUUACGGCCCUCUCUGGCGCUCCCUCCGCCGCAACCUCGUCUCCGAAAUCGUUUCCCCCACCCGCGUCCGCUCGUUCUCCUGGGUACGCGACUGGGCCCUCCGCCUUCACCUCUCCCGCCUCCGCGCCUCCCGUCCUGUCGUCCAUCUCAUGCCGCAUUGCCGGCUAACCAUUUGCAGCAUCCUCGCUUGCAUUUGUUUCGGAGCCAAAGUGCCGGAGGAGAAGGUGAGGGAAAUAGAGGAGGUGUUGAAGGAUAUAAUGAUGAUGACGACGCCAAAGCUGGCGGAUUUUCUUCCGGCGUUGACGCCAUUGUUUAGGGGGCAGAUAAAGGAAGCAAGGAGGUUGAGGGAAAGGCAGAUGGAGUGCAUAUUGCCGCUGGUGAGGGCGAGGAGGGAGUUCGUGGAGAGUGGGGGAAGGAGGGGUGGUGGCGCGAUGGAGUGGGAGAUGGUGAGUGAGGUGGGGGAGGCGUAUGUGGAUUCCUUGCUGGUGAAGGAGGUGGAAGGGAAGGGGAGGUUGGGGGAUGAGGAGCUCGUGACUUUGUGUUCGGAGGUGAUGAGUGCGGGGACUGAUACCAGUGCGACCGCCAUUGAAUGGGCCAUGAUGCAUCUGGUUAUCGAUCAGAGCGCGCAGGACCGGCUCUACGACGAGGUGAAGAUGACGGAGGGGAGGAUAACUGAAGAAGACGUGGAGAAAAUGCCCUACCUGUCAGCAGUAGUAAAGGAAACUCUCCGGCGCCACCCGCCAAGUCACUUCGUCCUAUCCCACGCUGCGACGAGAGACGCUGAACUCGGCGGCUACCGCGUUCCGGCGGCCGCCAGCGUCGAGUUCUACACGGCGUGGCUAACGGAAGAUCCAGACUUGUGGAAGUGUCCGGAGGAGUGGCGGCCGGAAAGGUUUAUGGAAGGCGGCGAAGGAUGGGAGACCGACGUCACCGGAACAAAGGGAGUGAGAAUGAUGCCGUUUGGAGUUGGCCGGAGAAUAUGUCCGGCGGCGAGUUUGGGCAUGUUGCACGUUCAGUUGAUGUUGGCGAAUAUGGUGAGGGAGUUUAAGUGGGUGGCGCCGCCGGGAGAGAAGGUUGAUACGACUGAGACUUUUGCUUUCACUGUUGUGAUGAAGAAUUCUCUCAGGGCUGUUAUUCAUGAAAGAGAUUCGCUGGUUUUGAGCGCCACUAUGGGUAAGAUCGAUGUUUAUGGACAAAAGUAA